GGUCUGCUGACUGGGAAGAUGCAACAGUUUGUUUCCUAAAAUUGGGGUUCGGGCUGACAGCACAGACCCAACCAUCUACACAGAUACUGGUAACCCUUGGCGUUAAUAGGCCGUCUCUUUCACCAUCAAAUCUCAUGUCUGUCUCCUGCAACUGAAAUAUAAUGUAAGCAUAAAAGUAAAAUACUGCAGAUGCUGGAAAUCUGAAAUAGAAAAUGCUGGAAAAACUCAUCAGGUCUGACAGCAUCUGUGGAGAGAGAAACAGAGUUAACAUUUCGAGCCUUCAGUGUAAGCGCUCCUGUUUAGCCCAUAAAGUUUUCCAAUUUUGAAUUAAAAUGAUGCAGAAGUACUUCACUGAAGGACAGGUGUACACUGUUCCGAUCAUCCAACCAGACUUGCGACGUGAGGAAGCGAUUCACCAGAUCAGUGAUGUCCUUCAGUAUCUCCAGAAAAUUUCUGAUGAUGUUUUCACCAGCAGGAUGUCUUGUUGCAGGGUUUCCCAAAACGUGGCGAACAACCAAACACGUUUGCAGUCCAUCAAUGACAGAAUCAACUUGGCACAAGCUAAGAUCAAGAAAAUCAAAGGCAGCAAGAAAGCCACUAAAGUGUUUUCCAGUGCAAAAUACCCUGCACCUGAAAGGCUUCAGGAUUAUGUUUCCAUUUUCACUGGGGUGGAUGACCCUGCUUUGCAGAAGCGUCCACGCUACAAGAUUCACAGCAAGCUGAAGCCACUGGAUGAAAAGGCAGUGCAGGAGAAGGCAAAGAAAUAUUAUCCUGUGUGUUUGAAUAUUAAAUCGCAGGAGGAGAAUGAGACAGAGGAAGGUUUGGGAAGCCUUCCUCGAAAUAUCACCUCCAUCAGUUCUCUGCUACUUUUCAACACCACUGAGAACCCCUAUAAGAAGUAUGUUCUAUUGGACCCAUUAGCCGGAGCUGUGACAAAAACCCACACUGCUCUGGAGACUGAGAAAGAUGAGAAACCAUUUGAUGCUCCACUCUCUAUCACUAAGAGAGAGCAACUUGAAAGACAGACAACUGAAAAUUAUUUCUAUGUGCCAGACCUGGGACAGGUCCCAGAGAUUGAUGUCCCAUCCUACCUGCCAGAUCUGCCUGGUAUUGCUGAUGACCUCAUGUACAGUGCUGAUCUGGGUCCAGGCAUUGCACCCUCUGUGCCAGGAAGUAAUAUGCCUGAACUGCCCAACUUCAAUACAGAACCAGUUUACACAAAUGGCCCAGAUCAACAGAAUACUACUCUUCCACUGCCGCCUGUAGAACUCCCUCCUCCGGAACUACUGGCACCAGCUAGUGCUCCUCCACCUCCACCACCACCGCCACCACCUCCACCUCCUCCUCCACCUCCACCUCCAGUUCAGUCUUCUCUGCAAAUUAAUGUUGGUAACAGUCAACCACCAGAAGGUGGCAUUGUGCAGGGAGCACCUCAGGAGGUUGUGAAACCCUCAAAUGGAAGAGCCAGUCUGCUGGAAUCAAUCCGUCAGGCUGGAGGAAUUGGGAAAGCCAAACUGCGCAAUGCGAAGACCAUUAAAAUGGAAAAGAAGAAGCAAAAAGAACAGGAACAAGUUGGAACAACGAAGGGAGGUGGGGAUCUGAUGUCUGAUCUCUUCAACAAGCUUGCGAUGAGGAGAAAAGGUAUCUCAGGUAAAGGUCCUCAAAGUGAGGGUGGCAAUAGUGGAGCAGCUGCUGGCGAUGUUCCUGUACCAGGUGGCGCUUUUGCUCGAAUGUCUGAUGCUAUUCCACCCCUCCCACCUCCACAGCAGCAAACCGCUGAAGAUGAGGAUGAAUGGGACGCAUGAGAUUUGCUGCCUGAUUUGGCAAAGAUGUCUGUAUUAAAUCUCUGGUUCCUGUGAAACCUUUAACUUUUCAUUAAUUUGUGUCAUGUCUAUCUGUCAAGUCCAGCUCAAGCUUGGAACUCUCUAAGCAAAAAAGGGAGGGGAGAUGUUUGCUUGUGUGUGACUUUCUUUCUACCCAAUUUGUGAAUGGUGGGAGUAGAACAACCCAAUCCAUGUAGACACGAUCAUGGGACUCUUCAUCUUCCUGGCAUCCCAGUUAGAUACAUAUAUAAAUAUAUAGCUAGCCAAAGACCCCAACAAUUAAGCAGUAGAAUGUCUAUCAUAUUUUCUUAUAUUCCUUAAAGGGCCUCAGCUGCAACACAAACACCUAUGUCCAUCUGACUGGAGUGUGUGUGUGGUGUGAGCAGAAGGGAAAUCCAAACUCCAGCUAAUAAAAACAAUGUAAGAGGCUAUUGCUUUAAGCAAUUUUUUCUCUAAUAUUUAUUCCUUUGAUUAUCUCUAGUUUAAAAGGAUGUUAAAAUUGCAGCUCUUAUAUGGCCGUAUGCCUCUUCUGGAUGGCCAAUUUAUUUCCGGGUUUCCGCCAAUAUUGCUUCACCAGUUUCAGAAAACAGGUGACAAUGGCCCAAAUUUCCAACUCGUAACAAUAAUGAGUUGAGGAAAGAAGCCAGUAUGUUCCACUAUUCUGAUAUUACAGUCUAAUGCACAGCUUUGAGGUGCUAUUGAAUAUUAAUCCAGAAUUCCACAAGGAUUAGAGUUUAGCAAAAUGAUGAACAACGUAUGUAGUUUAAAUUUACAGCAACCCAAACUUAGCAUUAUCCAUAGAACUUUUGCACAAUUAUAACAGACCAGUCAAAGUUUAGUCUGCCCGUUGAAUGGAAGAGGUAAAGUUUGAAAUACAAAUGGCUGUUACCAAUAGUUUGGAAACAGCAUGGUUUCUACACAACUCCAUGUUUGUGCAGGUAUUAAGUGAAACAGAAAGUGUGACACACAAGUGUUCCUGUUGUAUAAGUCACCAGUUAAAUUGGAAUGAGGAGCUUGUUGAGGAAAAUCUAAUUUGCUGUCCAAAAGAAUUGUGAAAUAACAUAAAGUGUAAAAUUAAUGUAGAAUGAUCAAAUAUGCAUUUUGUGGGUUGGCAGAGUGCUUUCCUUGUGUUGCAUUUUUUUGUAUAAGCAGGACAUUUUCAAAUUAGCCACAAGGUACAGUAAAGGUUUGCUGCAGGUUGGCAGAUUGUGUACAGUAAGGAAAAUCUGUUCCUGCAUAGCUGCUGUACUUUAAUUGACCAUUUUGGAGACUGACUGUAAUGUCUCCAGCCAUGUGCCAUUUUGCAUGAGAAAAUUCCCAUUGUAGCAAUUUCUUUGAAAUUAUUCAAUAAGCUACAUCAACCCAAAAACAAAAUGUCUCCAAGUGAUGAGAAAAUGGUGAAGUUUUUAGAUAAGCUAUGCAAAAAGCUGUCAGAUUGGAAUGUACACAACCUGCCUUUUUUUUAUUAAAGGAUGGCUUGCAAUUAUAGAUUGUCCUUUAAACUUUCACUAUGGUUGAACAGAUCUUGAUGUAUUUCUAUUAUGCAGAAAUGCUGACAGUACUUCAUUAUCACAGCUGCCAUUGUAUCUGCCAAAGCUAUUCAGAAAGGCCACGGGGUCACUUCAUAUACUUUUUUCAAUCUACAUUGCAAUGCCCUCAUUGCACGUUUUAUUAUAUCAGUUCCACUGUAUCACUUUAAACAAGAAGCUGAUCAGUGACCAAGGGGAGCAGUCAAUAUUUUGCCAUGAACCAUAUAGAAUUGUAAAUCUAAGUAUAAAAACUUUUACUACUGA